AUACACAAAGCGACGAAUUUUCAAGGAAAUUGCAACUUUUUAAUACGUAUCUAUUUGUGUUCAAUAAUUGUUCAUAUAGUUUCUAAACAUUAGGUUAUUUUAAUUCGUUUUCCCGUUUUGAGUCGUAAUUGCUAAUAGAUGAUAAUUAUUUAAUGUGAUAUUAUUUUGCUGAAUUUGCGUUAAUCAUGGCAAAUGUUUAUUUUUUUACUAUCUUUGCGUUUUUUUCGUACACAAUUACAGUAUGUAGAGCUUCAGGCACCGAUAUUGCGCUAGACGCAAAGGCCACUCUAUUACAUCGUAUAGACAGUUUAAACCUAUUAAUUUACACUUGUCUUCUAACUCUGACCGUUUUAACUAUUUGGGUGUUUAAACAUCGUCGAGUGAGCUGGCUGAACGAAACAGGAUUAGCUGUUAUAUAUGGUUUAAUAGUAGGUGCAAUAAUCCGUUAUGGAGGCAGUACAAAUGAAGUCACACAUAUUGAUGCUCACCCUGCACCAGAGAGCAAGUAUAACCUCUCAGUGCCACCGGACAUGCUGUGGUUCCAUUUCCCAGAUAAAAUACAAAUCUCAUCUGGUGAAGUUCCUGUACCAAACAAAACUUAUGCAUACAGCUUUAGAGGAGAAAUAGUGAAUAUAGAACAAAAUGAAAUAGAUCUGAAAGCUACUUUUGACCCUGAGAUAUUCUUUAACAUAAUUUUACCUCCUAUUAUAUUUCAUGCAGGAUAUUGUCUCAAACGUAAAUAUUUUUUCCGAAAUUUGGGUGCAAUACUAACAUUUGCUAUGGUAGGAACAGCAUUGUCUGCAUUAGUCAUUGGUGCUCUUAUGUAUGGCUGUGUACAAUUGAUGCCUGCAUCUCUGGCCUCAAGCUUCACCUUUUUAGAUACUCUGUAUUUUGGUGCAUUAAUUUCACCGACGGAUCCAUUAACUAUAUUAGCAAUUUUUUCACAAUUAAAAGUAGAUGUCAAUCUUUACGCUUUGAUUUUUGGCGAAAGUGUUCUUAAUGAUGCAGUCGCUUUGGUCCUCAGCGGUGCCAUACAAAAUUAUGAGGAAAGAUACUCAAACGAUGGCGGAUUUGAAAUUACUGCGUUCUUAGCGGCAAUUGGAGACUUCAUUGGAAUAUUCAGCCUUUCUCUGCUCAUUGGUGCUUUUAUGGGCUGCCUGACAGCAUUGAUGACUAAAUUUACUCAUGUAAGAGAAUGGCCAUUGUUGGAGUCGUCGCUCUUCGUACUCAUGUCAUACGCGGCUUUCCUUAUUGCUGAAGUUUGUGAGCUAACAGGAGUGGUAGCGGUUCUAUUCUGUGGUAUAUGUCAAGCUCACUACACUUACAACAACUUGUCAUCGGACUCAAGGAACCGAACCAAGCAACUGUUCGAACUCCUGAACUUCCUAGCUGAGAACUUUAUAUUCACAUACAUAGGCGUUUCUAUGUUCACCUUCCCUAAACACCACUUUGACCCGUGGUUCAUCAUCGCUGGAUUUAUUACAUCAACUCUAGGACGUGCCGUUAAUAUAUACCCGCUGUCAUUCUUAUUAAAUUUGGGCCGCAAACCACCGAUACCUAUGAACUUCCAGCAUAUGCUCUUCUUUGCUGGACUUCGAGGGGCGAUGUCGUUUGCUCUGGCGAUCCGCAACACAGUCUCAGAAGCUAGGCAAGCAAUGUUAACAACAACGUCACUAAUAGUGAUUGCAACUGUGGUUCUGCAAGGUGGAGCCUCUACAUAUGCACUUUCAUACUUACGCAUACCCACCGGACAAGGCCAGAAUGAUGAGAAUGAAGCCCUUCCCUAUCGCGACGUGAGGAGUCUCUACCAGGCCACGGACUCGGGCGGAUCGCCCGGUGACAUAGGGUUCGGUCUUCGCAAUAUGGAUUCUACGCAACCGGCCAGUUGCGACAGGGCAACAAAUGGCCGCAUGAUAGUUAAGUGGGACAAAGGAGAUAAUGAAGUUAUUUUGCCUUGGCAUCUAAACAACUACAACGAGGGACCACGUAAUGGUGGUGAUAAGGCACGUCUCGCACGACUUUGGGGCGCAGUGGACUCCAAAUUGCUGAAACCAUUAUUGACGCACGCGAGGCCGCCGCUCACAGAAACACUACCGGGGUUCUUGAGACCCGUAGCGCGCGUGCUCACCACAACACACCAGUAUACCCAAGGAGACAAUAGCCUUCGCAGAACUGACUCAGAUUCCGAUUUAUGUAUUGACGAGCAGCAACCAGUACCUACAAGUAUCGAUCCGCAGCAAUUGUGGCCUGGACACGUGGAUACAAGGAUCUCUGUAGAAGGUAUCACUGGCAGUAAUAUAUAGAUACACAAUAAUAUAAAUAUAGCUCUUAUCAAUAUCUCUCGCAAUAACGCCUCAACAGAUCAAAAACCCUAUGUAUGUAGAUCUUGAGUAGAGAUAGUAGAGAAGUUUUCUAAGCUCAUAGUGCCACAAUAUGUAACUGUAUUUUUUUUAGUUAUAAAUGAUUAUAUAUAUAUUAAAAUCUGGCCGGUGUGACUAUAACAUUGCUACUUUGUAUCAACUCUGUAACAGUGUAUUGUAUUUUAUACCACUGAAGUGGUAAUGAACACUUUUAAUUGUUGUACCUAUAUUAUAAUAGUCAAAUAAGUGACCCAAUAUCCUACUAGUAUGUGUUAAACAUGUGAUAUUAAGUGCUUGUUACAUGUAUCUAGGGUUGACUGGCAUUAGCCUGAAAAUUACUAAUUGUAAUUUUACACUAUCAAAGUACUCAAAUUAAAGCUGACAAAUUAUAGUUAUUGUUCUUAGAUGACAAAAUAACCAUGUAAAACAGGACAACAGGAUGGCAUAAAAAUUAAAAUUUUUAGCAACCCUACCUACCUGUAUAAUAAGCAAAGAUAUUAUACAAGGUAACAUUGGAUCUGAAAAUAUAAGUUCUUUUGAGAACUACUAUCUUUCUCUUUAUAAUAUUAUUCUUAUAAAUUUCCAUUAUUUUAAAUCUAGUCUACAGUAUAAAAAUUCUAUUUAGAGUAGUAAAUUUGUUGACUAUACCAACCAGUUUAAAUUUGUAUUAAUUUUGUAUUACAUGAUCUAUUUAAUGGAUAUAUGUAUGUACAUUAAUGUGGAUGUUUUUGUAUUAUUAAUAAACCACAAUUCUUUCAAAUGUAACCCCAUUUGUUUUUGUGUUAAAUUACACAAUAUUGUUUGUUUCUAUAUUUUUGUUAUUGUAAUUACUUUGUUAUAAUUAUUCUAUUUUAGUCUGACAUACUAAUAGACAUCUUUAUUAAUUCUAAUUCUGUUAGUGUGUCAGGGGACUAAAAUAAUAUGUGUUUAAGGUUUAUAAAACCAGUUUAAAUAAUGUACUGUAUAAAAGUUACUUAAUUUUUUUUCUAAUACAAACAAGUUGUGUUUUUACAUUUGACAAUUGUGCAUUUUUAUAAGCUUUAUAAAUAGCAUAUAAUUAAAAAAAUUGUAUGUUGCUGAGACUAUAUUUUACACCAUAAAAAUAUAGUUUUAUUACACCACAUAUAUUAUAUAAUUUGGGUAUACUUUAAUUAAGAUUAUAAUAGAUACCACAGGGUUCUUCUAAGUGUUUAAUAUGUGUGCUUAUUUUAUCUAUCUAUGCAAAUAUAUAUUUUUUAAAGUAGAGGUCUCCAAAUUUUUUAGUAAUUACUAUUAAAUACUACAGUAUUAAAUAUUUAAUACUGCAGUUUGUGUAUGGUCACAGAUAAAUACUGAGCUGCAGCUCAUGCUCAUAGUUUGGAGACACUACUUAUAAACACUAUGCAAUGUCAAGUUUUUAAAUAAUUGGAUUUGUUUAUUUUAAUAAAGUUGUACUUGUAA